GCAAAAACAAUUAUGCGGGGAUCUACCGCUUAGCUUCGACCCGCGGUCGCGCGAUUUAUUAGUUUUAUUGGAGAAUUAUAUUUAAGCAGAAAAAAACGUUGGAAAUUGCGCGUGUGCGGGUGGUGGAAGAACAGUGACAUUUUGUGGCGACCGUGUGAAAAUAAAGAGCAAAAAGAAAAAGAAAACCGCCCGCGGCGAAAAUUGUUUCCCGUCGUUGAGCGGUUGCGUCUGUGUGUGUAUGUGACUGUUCUGUGCAUGUGUGUGAAAAACGUGAAAAAAAUUGGAAUAUAAUAUUUGCACAAAAGUUAAAAUCAAACCAAAUAUAAAGAGAAGCUCCAGAAAUUAAAAAAAAAAAUAAGAGUAUAUGUGGGCGAUAAAUGAUUGGGCGGCGGCAGGCAAAAGUCAAUCAACGAUAAGCGUCGCGUCGCUGAGGAGGAGAAGACGGAGAAGCGCUUAAACUGGACACAGAGAAUUGAACCGCAUGUAGCGCGUAAUAACGGAGCCCAAGAACAAAAGGAACACCAAUUUUAACACCAUUGGAUUUUGAACAUGAACAAAAAUGCCGGCGAUGGCAGCGGCAACGACGGCAAAAACUCAAACAAUCAUGGCAAGGGCGGUGGUGGCUCCAACGCGGGUGGGGGCGCCGGAGCCGGCAAUCCGCACGAUCCCACCGGACUCCUAGAUGCCGCCUCGCUAUUCGCUUAUUGGGGCCGUGAUCCCACUGGAGCUGCGGCGGCAGCCGCCUCUAAUCCGCUGUUCAACUCACAAUUCAAUGCAGCCGCCGCCGCUGGCCUGGGCCUCCUUCCGCAAACGGGAGGCGGCUCUGCCAAUGACCGCUACUCGAUGGCCGCUGCAGCGGCGGCGGCGGCCGGCGCCCAUCAUCAUCAGAACACCAUGGCAGUGGCCGCUUCGCAGGCCGCCAGUCUGGCAGGUCUGCAUCCAGCAAGCUGGUGGUCGAUGGCACAACUGGCGGCUCAGGACUACUUUAGUCGGCUGCAGGCGUCCGGCCUCUCACCAUUCCCGCAUCCAGACCUGGCGGCAGCCUUCGGGCCGGCGGCAAUGGGCAUGGGCGCCACAGGAGCAGGCGGAAAUGGUGCAGGCAGUGGCAGCGUAAUGGGUGCGGGUGCUGGCAGCGGAUCGGCUGUGGGUGGCGGCAAUGGCGGGGGCGGAGGAUCGUCCAGCUCCUCUGGCAGCAAGUCCAACAAGUCGCGCAAGGAGAAGCGGGCGGCACAGCAGCAGCAGCAACAGCAGCAGCAACAGCAGCAGAGCCUGGCCAACAGCCUGAAUGCGGCGGCGGCAGCGGCUGCAGCAGCUGCGGCCAACAAUCCGGCAGCAGCGCUCGCCAGCAUGCACGGAUUCGGUGUGCCGGGAUCGGUGGCCGUGAGCACGGGAAGCGGAUCGAUCUCCACCAGCAGCGGAGGCGGCCAUGGAGGAUACAAGAGCACGGCCAGUGCCUACGGGAAGCCUUCGACGAUGACGAGCAACAGCAUGGCGAGCAAUCCGAGCUCCGCGUACGAUCCUGUGACCCUGCACAAAGAGCUGAUGGCCAUGCAGGCGGUUGCAGCCGCCGCCUCGGGAUCGGGCGGAGGCUCCGGCAGCGGCUCGUCGGGCAAAAAGUCCGGCGGCGGCGGCAGUUCCUCCUCAAUGCACGGCCACGGAAUCUCCGGCCUCGGCAUGGGCGGUGGGGGCAACGGCGGCAUCAUGUCCGGCAGCAAGGCAUCGUCCACGAAUGUCAGCUCCAGCAACGCGUCGCUGGGUGGCAUGCAUCCCAGCCUGGGCAGCGCCAAUCCGCUAAUGUCUCCCCAUGGCAUGGGCGGUGGAUCCUCGUCGUCGGCGGGGGCAUCGGGCAAGGACCGCGACAAGAACAAUCCCUCGCUGAAUGCCCUCAAUUCGCUGUCGCAGUUCGGGGCCCUGGGCAUGACGCCGCAGCAGAGCAUGCAGGCGGCGAUGAAUGCGUUUGCGGCCAGCACGGGAGUGGUGCCCAGUGCCACAGUCACGUCGUCGUCGCAGCAUCACAGUUCCUCCCAGCAGCAGCAGCAGCAACAGCAGCAGCAGCAGCAACAGGCGGGAAUCAGCUCAACGGGUGGAUCAUCGGGGAGCAAGGGUGGCAACGGUGCAAAGGAUUACAUGAGCGCAGCAGCGGGAAUGAUGAGCGGCAGUGGCAGCAGCGAGCAUCCCUCGUUGCUGGGCGUACGCCUGCCACCGGACACGGAGAUCAUCAAGUAUACGUCCUCGAUUGUGGGCCCCAAAAUACCUGGUACUACAUCACGGGGUCGCAAGAAGACUAUUUCCGAAACAGAACAACAACAGACCACACAUCAACAGAAACAACAACAACAACAACAACACCAAGCAGAACAACACCUACUCCAACAACAAUUACAACAGCAACAGCAAAAAGAGCUCGACAGCACCACAAAUGCACUCUCCUCUCUGCUUGCAUUUCCAGGUCUCAGUCCCGCGAAGCGGGCUAGACUCGAAAUGGAGUACGCGGCAAUGGCAGCAGCCGCCCAACAGCACCAGCAGCAGCAGCAGCACCAGCACCAGCACCAACAGCACCAGCACCAGCAGCAGCUCCAUGGAAUGCUGGGAGCCGCUGGCAUGCCAAUGGGCAGUCUGUCCGGCCUCACGGGCAUGUCCAAUCCGUUGGAUCAGCUGAGUGUCACCAAGUCCAGUGCCUCAACGGUGACCAGCAAUGCCAAUUCUUCGGCGUCCUCGAUGGGCGGCCACGGUCACGGCCAGGGCUCAUCGAGCGAUCGGGUGGAGGUGAUCAAGCUGCCGCCGACCAUCACCUCGAACGGCGCCUACAAUCUCUCCAGCAAGGGCAAGGAGGUGCACGAUCUGACCAGCGAUCAUGCAGCCCCCGGCUCGGGUGGCGUUAAUCUCAGCCUGAAGUCGGCGUCCAGUGCGUUGCCACCCGCCGCCACUGGGGCAGUGGGCUCCGCCUCGAAUCCCAUCACCAUCGACGACUUUGAUGCGCCGCUUAAUCUGUCCAUGAAGCCUUCGGACAAGAGCAGCGGCGGAGCCCCAACGGCGUCCACUUCCACCUCCAGCUCGGCGCUGGCCAACAUGGCCAGUGAGUACCAGGCGGCUGCUCAGGGCGGCAACAGCCUGCAGUCUCUGAGCUCCAUUACGGCCGCUCUCGGCGGCAGCAGUGGGGGCAUGCCGGGUGGGUCCAUUUCGGGCAGUGGCGAUACGUCGCCGGCACCUCAACACGGAGGCGGUAGCUCGACAGGCGGAAACUCGUCGGGCGGCGGCGGCGGAGGAGGCGGUGGUUCCUCCUCGUACAAGGAGGGGCGUCCGCGCAAUCUGGGACGUGGAGUGUCCAAGCCCAAGAAGAAUACAGUGGCCUCCCUGCUGGCCCAGUCGCGGGCUGUGGGCCUCAAACCGAUGCUGGCCACCCAACAGCUGCUCCAGCAAGGAGCGGACAUUGAGAAGAUCCGGCUGGCAUUGAGCGAGGCCAAUGCGCACAUGGAAACAUCAACGGACUCGGAGAGCAUGGCCGCCGAGAGCGGGCUGUCGGAGUCGGAGAGCGAGGAUGCCAACAUACACAAUGUGUCGGAGCUGCGAGUGCCCCUGGACAUGGGCUGGAAGCGGGACACGGUCAUCCGAGGCCUGACCAAGCUGGGACAGAUCCGUGGGGAGGUCACCUACUAUGCGCCGGGCAGUGUGGCGCCCCUGAAGACCAUUGGACAGGUUUUUGCUAUCCUGGAGCAGCAGCCAUCGAAUCUGACGCGCGAGAACUUUAGCUUCUCCGCACGGGCCAUUGUGGGAUCGUUUCUGCAGCCAGCGCCGCCGCCGUAUGCCAACGAUGGCGAGUACAUACGGAUGACCGACGAGGAUGUGGCUAAGCGGCUGGAGGACCUCAAGGUGUUCACACGCCAGACACUCAAUGUGGAGCAGCGCAUCGAGAUUGCCAAGCAGCAGCAGGCGAUGCGGGAUGCCAAGAAGCUGCAGAAGGAGGAGCUGGCGCGCAACAAGGAGAAGGCGCGCCAGGAGAAGAACGCCAAGCUCGAGCAGCAGCGCAAGGAGAAGGAGAUGAAGAACCAGCAGGCCAUCGAGGAGCGCAAGAAGCGGCAGGAGGAGCUCGAUCGCCUCAAGCAGGAGGAGCUGCUCAAGAAGCAACAGGAGAAGGAGAAGCGUCGUCAGGAAGCAAUUUUAGCCAAGGAACAGGAACUGCAGAAGCAGAAGGAACUGCUGCUGGCCGCUGAAAUGGAACGCGAACGUCGACGGCAGCACAUGAAUCUCAUACGGAUGCUGGAGGUGCGGCGCAAGUUCGAGGAGCGGGAGAAGAAGAAACACCAGCUGGUGCUGGAUCGCCUCAUACUGCGCGAGCGCCGCAUGGCCGAGAGGAAGCGUGACGCGGAGAUCCUACAGCUGAUACGGCGACCCAACGAGGACUCGGAAAUGCUGCAGGAGAUGGCGGUGCCGGAGCUGGAGCGCAUUGCCGGCAAUCGAUUGCCGGGCCAGGCAAUGGCCGAUCUUCUGAUGGUCUUCGAGUUUCUGCACAACUUUGGCGAGACCCUCGGCUUCGACAUGGAGUCGCUGCCGUCGCUGCAGAACCUCCACGACGCUCUGAUCAGCGACAGCAAUGCGGAUGCCGAGGAGGAGCUGCUGUCGGUGAUGACGCACCUCCUGGUGUGUGCCAUUGAGGAUCCCGGCGUGCCCAAUCCCGGCCGUCACACAACGCUGCUGGGCCAGUCGCUGCGCAACGCGGACAUAACAAACUCGAAUGUGUCGGAGAUUCUGCGCAUCUACCUGUACGCCACGGCCACCGGAGAGGUGCGCCAGAUGCACGGCAUCACCGUCGACAGGGAGCGGGAGCGGCGGGUGCCCGACCACCACCAGGUGGACGCCGACACCAGCACGCACUCGGCCAAGAACCAGGAGUACUACAAGCUGCUCCACGAGAACGACACCUGGAAGCUCUCGUACGCCCUCAAGGACCGCCCCUUCGUGGCCCUGAAUCCGACGCGCAAGGCCCAGAUGUUGGCCCACCUAUGCAACGACCUGCUGAUGAACAAGGCCGUGCUGCGGCAGAUCGACGGCAGCCUCGAGACCUGCGCCCAGAUGCGCAAGGAGAAGUACAUGACGGACAUGAAGGUGCGCAAGUACAAGGCCCUCCACAUGCGCAAGGCCCGCAUCGAGGCGUACGAGAAGGCGCAGGCGGAGCGGGAGGCGGCCAUGCACGCCCUGAUGGCCCAGCAGAAGCUGGACGCCGAGCGGCUGGCCCAGGCACAGGCGAAGCAGGCAGAGGCCGUGGCCGAGGCCGAGGCGGCAGCAGAGGCCAUGCAGGCGGCGGCUGCUGCCGAAGGAGACGACACAUCCAAGGCACCGGACAUCGAAGGAGAGGGACUUCCUGUGGAGACCAACAACGGGGAGACCAACAAGGAGGGGGAGGAUGGCAAGGACAUUCCAUCACAGCCCAUGGACGUGGAUGGCGUUGAUUGUGCGGUCACUAAUCGGGAGGAGGCCACGCCCGCUGCACCACUCCUCGAUUCCUCGCUGGUGAGCCCCGCCAAGAGCUGUAUUUCUUCCGUGGAUUGCAUUACUCCCGGCAAGCAGAUGUCGGGACAGGACUUUGCCACACCCACGCCUACGCCAACGCCCACGCCCACCUAUCAGCACAACGGUUCGAGUACGCCCACAACAGGUGGCCUAAAUGCGGCAGCGGGAGUGGGAGUGGGAGUGGCAACUGUGGCUGGAGGUCUCGAAAUGCAGGCAGCCCUGAUGCAGGCCAAAAAGAGCGGAGCCCGCAACUCCAUCAACGAGGAUGGCCACAACGAUGUGAGCAUCAUCGAGGACGACCUCUCCGACCUGGACUCGGAGAUCACCAAUGUGGAGGAGGACGAAGACAAUCGCCUGAGUGCCGAUGAGCUGCAAAAGAAGCUGGACAAAAUCGUGCGCGCUUCGCUCAACUGCAAGGAGGCGCUGGAGAAGAGCACCAAUCAGCUGCGUGCCGCCUGCUUUGGGCAGGAUCGCUUCUGGCGACGCUACUGGAAGCUGCCCAAGGCCGGAGGCAUCUUCAUCGAGGCCCUGGAAUCAGCCCAGAACGAUAUCUGUGACUACCACGAGGCCCUGGAGAAUAUGGACGAGAAGCGGCUGCAGAAGGAGCAGCAGCAGAGCCAGAAGCAGAUCGAGGACGGAUCCAAAGACCAGGAGGCAGAGCCAGAGACUGAGAAGGUGGCAGCGAAGGAGGCGGAGACAGCGACGGGCACGGUCACGGACACGGAGACGGUGUCGGUGACGGGGACAGUGCAGCCCAUGGAGGUGGAUGAAUCGCACGCAGAGAUGAAUCCAGCUAUAGCCGUGGCCACAGCAGCACAGGAUCAGGAUAAUCAUCCAGAACGGAAGCGGGACGAUCAGGACGAUGGAGAGGAGGCGGAGGCGGAGGAUGACGAUGACGAUGAGGUCACCGAAGUGAACAAAAUCGAACCGGAGAUUGUGGAUCUGGGCGAUGAUGAUGAUGAUGAUGACGAAGCGGGUGCUGUGCCUCCAACGGUAGCCAAGAUCGAACCGCCCCGACCCGAAAUCAAGGUCAAGUCGGAGAUGGAGCUAAUGGGUCCGCCCACCACGAUGAUCUCCACCAAAACGGACUUCGAGGCGGAGAUCAAGAUACCCUCGAUGCCUGGCCACAUGAUUCCAACCCUCAACAACAACAACAACAGCAUUGGCAACGACAGCAACUGUGAUAAGUUGGAGGGAAUGGGCAUGGGCAUGGGUAUGGGCAUGGGAAUGGGAGUGGGAAUGGCACAGACAUAUGGCCAGAAUCUGAUCACAUCUUCGACCAUCAAAAUGGAGGACCUGAAAAAGGAAACGUCCGACGAUUGCAUCAUUGUGUCCACCUCCAGUGGCGACGAUACGCCCAAAUGGUUCUCGAUUGUGCAGCGCGAGGUGCCGCUAAUCAGCGAACUGCCCGCGGAGGAGGGCGGUGUGGUCGCCCAGGAACUGCAGUGGGGCUAUGCAAACCAGAACUGCUAUGCCCAGCUGCAGCUGCAGGGCCAUCCGUGGGACCUGAUCAACAACGUGCAGUACUACUCGAUACCGAUGGAGGAGUGCAAGGUGGAUCCGGGGAAGCUGGCGCAGGAGUGCAUCUUCUCGCUGAGCGGCCUGGACGAGCGCCAGAUGCAGGCCAAGCUGGAGGAGUACGAGGCCAAGAUCAAGAUCAAGUGCACAGUGCCAAAAAACGGUCUGGAGUCUCCUCAUCGCCCCCUCGUGACGACCGAUGAUGAGGAGCAGGAGAUCAAGUUGAAGCCGGAUGCCGACGAAGAUGGACAGAUGGAUGUGGAUGCGGAGGCGGACGCUGAAGCGGAACCAGAUGCGGAUGCUGAAACGGACGCUGAUGCUGAGGCAGAUGGAGAUGCGCAUGCGGAGAAGGACAACGAGCACGCCGGCAAGGACAAGUUUUUUCGUUUGCGCACUGAUGUCCCCCCGGACACGGGCGGGGGAGAAGGGGCACUUGAGGACGGAACAGAUGCCCCAGAGCUAAAGCCGAAGAUUGAGCUGCGGCUGGAUGAGGCCCUGUCGCAGGCCUACUACCACAACAUCGCCAACAUGUCGCUGAGCAGCGUCCAAACGUACAUCCCCAUCGACAUUCCCCUGCCCCUGUCCAUGACGCCCGACGAGCACCGGCUCCUCGAGCAGGUGAAGCUCUCCGGCUUCCCGGACAAAGUGCACGGCGUGUACGUGCCGCAACGCCAGCGCUACGGCUGGUGGCAGCUCGACGACGAGCAGAAACUGCGCCAGCUCCUAAAGACCCUGAAUCCGUCGGGGCUGCGGGAACGGGAGCUGCAGGAGAACCUGACGCGCUUCCUCACCCUGGAACAGCCGCUCGGAGUCAACUACCAACUGCAGCCGCUGGAGGCCCACAUGGUGGAGUACCUGCUGCCGGACGGGCCGCACGACUGGAACCCCAAGGUGGCCAAGCGGGUGGAACUGGCCCUGCUCGAACAGCUCGAGUCGCUGGAGGACAAGGUGGCCAGCGCCUCGAUGCAGCUGAAGAACUGGCAGGUGCCCAAUCGCGUCGAGGGCGAGCAGAGCCUGCCGGAGCCGGAGGAGGUCAGCGAAGAGGACUUUAUCAGCAUCAUUCCCAUGAUCCGGGAGCGGAUCAUCGAUCUGGAGGCCAACAUUGAGCGGCGCUACCUGAAGCCGCCGCUCGGCUCGCAGACGGGCGACGCCCACCUGGCCGUGAUUGCCCAGAACCAGCACACCUCCACCCAGACCCAGAACUCGGCCUCUGCCGCGGCCUACCUGCUCCAGAUGCAGCAGCAGCAGUUGGUCCAGCAGCAGCAGCAGCAACAGCAACAGCAGCACCAGCAACAUCAUCAGCAACAACCGGGAGGAAACAGUCUCAAUCCCUCAUCCUUCAACGAGCGCACCAUGGCCCUGGCAGCAGCCGCCGCGGCUGCUGCGCCCAACUCCACCAACGCCUCCGGCUGCCCGGGCGAGUCUGGCAGCGUGGAGCCCGUCUCUGGCAACGUCUCGCCAGCCAGCAACUGCGACAGCGACAGGGACGAGAAGGUGGAGAACAUACCCAAGGGCCUGGUGCAGUGGCGGGAUGCAGUGGCCCGGUCCCACACCACGGCCCAGCUGGCCAUGGCCCUCUACGUGCUGGAGUCCUGUGUGGCGUGGGACAAGAGCAUUAUGAAAGCGUAUGCAACAAGAAACAAGUCGAGCAAGAAGAGCAGCGCCAAGAAGCAGGCAACACCCAACAAAAAGAAGCAGCAGCAGCAGAAGAAUAAGAGCAAGAAGAAGAAGCAACCCACGCCACAGAAAACAACAAAAUCGGAACCGCCACCGCCACGGCCCCCGGCGACACCCCCAAAGGAACAAAAGCAUCAAAAACAGCAGUCCCUGAGCAUCAAAAUCAAUCUAAAGGCUCUCGCCAAGGCAGCGCAAAACGGACAAUCCCCCCCAGCCCAACCGCCUUCCUUAUCGCCCUCCCCCAGCGAGGAUCAAGACUCCCGCACGGACUCUGACUCGGACUUUGGGGCAAAAACGACGACCACGACCACGACAAAGACAAAAACACGCAAACGUCGACGCUCGGCCACAACCACAAACUCUAGCAAAUAUUCGAAUUCCUUACAGAAUUGCCAGUUCUGCACCUCGGGCGAGAACGAGGAUAAGCUGCUCCUGUGCGAUGGCUGCGACAAGGGCUACCAUACGUACUGCUUCAAGCCCAAAAUGGACAACAUACCCGAUGGCGACUGGUACUGCUACGAGUGCGUGAACAAGGCCACCAAUGAGCGCAAAUGCAUCGUGUGCGGCGGCCAUCGUCCCUCGCCGGUGGGCAAGAUGAUCUACUGCGAUCUGUGUCCGCGCGCCUACCACGCCGACUGCUACAUCCCACCGCUGCUGAAGGUGCCGCGCGGCAAGUGGUACUGCCACGGCUGCAUUGCACGGGCCCCGCCGCCCAAGAAGCGGAGUGGCGGCACCAGCAGCAGCAGCAGCAAGUCGCGUCGCGAUCGCGAUGCCAGCACAGCCGCCAAGCGGCGCAACGACAAGCCGGGACUACCAGGGCCAGUGGGUGCCACCAGCAUGGAGCACUUGCCCCAAAUGGGGGGAGGGGACGCGCAGCACCAGCUGCAACAGUCGCUGAAUUCGUCGCACGACGAGUCCAUGACAUCGCUGCCGCCGCCUUUGAGUCCGGCGCAUUCGAUUGCCUCGGCCACGUUCGAGGAUCAGCAACACACCAACUCUAUCGACAGCAGCCGUUUCCAGGCGCAUCUGGGCAACAGCAACAACAACGGGGUCGUGCCGCUGCCCGAGGAAGUGGCUGUCGCUCCGACGGGAUACCCGGUCUAUCCGCAAGCCAGCGCCUUUGCCGCUGGUCUGGUGAACCCCACAGGACCCACAGUUCUGCCCAUACUUCCCGUACCCCAUGGACCGAUGCAGUUCAGCAACGUGGCCAUGUCGCCACGGGCUGUGACGCCCACCCGAACGCCGACGCCGACACCGGCGCCGACACCACCGCCACCCGGGCCACUGCAUCCGCCCGUGCCCACAUCGACGACACCGCUGCUUAUGCAGGCUUCGCCGACGGCCCUAAACGCCAUCUGCCAGUCGCCGCCGCAUCAGCAGCCGAUGACCAUGCCCUCGCCGCCGGCAGGGGGAGUGGGAGUAACGCAAAUGUCACCGCCGCCCAUCAAUAUACAUGCCAUACAGGAGGCCAAGGAGAAGCUAAAACAGGAGAAGAAGGAGAAGCACGCGACCAAGAAGCUCAUGAAGGAGUUGGCCGUUUGCAAGACGCUCCUGGCCGAAAUGGAGCUUCACGAGGAUUCGUGGCCAUUUCUGUUGCCCGUGAACACCAAACAGUUUCCCACUUAUCGCAAGAUUAUCAAAUCCCCCAUGGACCUAUCCACCAUUAAGAAGAAGCUCCAUGAUUUGAGCUACAAGGCACGCGAGGACUUUUGCGUGGAUGUGCGACAGAUCUUCGACAACUGUGAAAUGUUCAACGAGGAUGAUUCGCCUGUUGGAAAGGCGGGGCACGGCAUGCGCAAGUUCUUCGAGUCCCGCUGGGCAGAGAUGACCGAGAAGCACUCCUGAUCGUAUCCGCAGCUCCAGCUUGCCACCAGCGACAGCUCCACACCGGAUCCCAUAGAAAUAGUGAUACCAACGGCGGAAACAACCGCCGAAGCAGCACAAUUUUGGCCAAGAGAUUAGGACUAGAGCAGAGAAGGACGAGUGGGAGGCAUACAAUUGUAUAUAAUUAUAGAGGGAUAGCCGAUACAAGCAAAACACACACACAAGAAGCAUUAUUAUAUUUAUAUAUAGUACGAUUAGAUAUAUAUAUAUAUAUAUAGCCCACGUCCUACGCUGUUCGUUGACGAGACCUUUGCAAGAGCGCCUCGAAUGUCCUCCCCAGUAGCCAGGCGAACAAGCGUGUGCCAGCAACAAAAUUGUAUCUAGUUGAUUAAGCAUCCACGAAAGCAAGGAAACAAAACAGUGAAGCAGUAUAAACCAUAACUAUUAGCCAACAUAAUCGAGCAGCUCCUACAUAUAGCUAAAAUCGUUUAAGAAGCCAUCCACAGUACAGACGCGACUCUCUGACAAAAUGAACGUACAAAAUGAAACUAUGUCGCCCCAGAAAAAACCAACCCCCAUUCAAUCAAUCGAUCCAUCAUUCGAACAGUAUUUUGUGCACUCUGUGCAGCUCUGCGUCUCGCUUUGUUUUACACAAUUCUAAAACGUAAUAAUUUUAACUCUUAAUUUAAAUUGUAAUUGUAACUGUAAUUGUAAUUGUAUUUGUAUCUGUAAUGUUUUAUGUUUAAAGCUGACAUCAACGAAGCGCUCAUUUAAGUUUUAACGUGUAUUACUGUAUUGUACUUAUAGCCACUCCGACAAUUGUAUUUAAACAUAUAUACACAUACCUAUAUACUAGCAUUAAAAUUAACAUUAAUAUUAACUAGAGAGAGCCUUAAUCUGGCAGCGGAGCGGACUCAAAUAUACUCAAAAGGGAUGGCAGUACGUGGCACAGAUCGAGAGUUGUAAAUGAAUGUGAAACGAAGGCAACAUACAAUUAAAUUAAAUUGAAUGUAUUAAAUUAUAUUCUCUGUGUAAAUUUUCCACAA